AGUCCAAUUCUUUGAACCUCCUGAUCUUUCAAAAACAUCUAGAGAGCUUUCUACACCUUCAAAAGUAUGAGGUGGUACGAUGUGGUACAUGACAAGAGAUGAGCAAUAGAUUUUAGUUUAGACUCCCUUAUGAUAAUAUGUUGGUACAAAACUUCGCGCUCGCUUAUUUGUCCCAUCGAGACCCCUUUUCAUUAUAGUCCCAUAGCAGUUCUUUGUACAAUCAACACGGCAACUACCCUUCCAUCGUCCAGCCAAAGUUAUCGGUAUCCUCAUAUACAAUGAUACCAGCCACAGAUAUAGGUUCUCCAUCCUCGGAAGCAUUAUACCAUCGUAGAUCUCCCGAAACAUGGCCUACGGGAUAUAAUGAACCGAGAGGCGCGGACAGCGAGUUUAGUAAAGGUCAUCUCUCGAAAACUCGUUCUUUCGCUCCUUCAAAGACGAAAUUUUUCUUCAAGAAUUUUAUGGGCAUAUCGAUUCUCUUCUUGAUUUUGCUAAAUGUCCUACAAUCCGUUUUGAUUGUAUCGUUAGGCUCUAAAUCAUUGAAAAAAUGUCUCGCCUCACCUGUUAGUUACCCCUUUCCCCUUUACUUUGAAUGCGCAGUAACUCUAAGAACCAUUGCGAUACUAAUAAUCUAUGAAUCACGUAGAAAUUCCCGAACUUAGUCUCGACCGCUCUCACACCCGUCAUAUAUCUUGCACCAGUCGCUUUACUUCACGCAAUAUCACUGAUGGGAAUGAAGCUUGGCAUAAAACUCUACCAGGUCAUGGUGUGAGAGCUUUACCUCAAUCAUAUGUGGAAGCCAAUAAUCUUCCAGAGUCUACCGCAACUCACCUGUGCGAUGGUGACACGGAGCCUAAACACAUUUAUUUCAUUGAAUCUUAUUAUGUUUUGCACUGCCUCGUACGUCCUCAUUAUUUCUCAUCUACUCUUUAGAAACCUUCAUUCUCUUUCCCAGCCCUCUCUAACUCAAAAUAGCGUAUGCUCCGCAGCCUCUACCAUUCCUACGACUAUAACCUACGACUCGCACCAUUUCUUCCCCCAGCAGAUCACCCCUACCAUUGUUUCGAUCGUAUUCGUCAAUAUAUCAUGUGUAACCCAGAUUAUACACUCGUACCCAAUAUUGAGGACAUGGUAAAUCAGAUUGGACGUAACCGAAUAAAAAAAUGUAUGGAUUGGGAUGUAUUGAGAGAUUGGGCGGAAAAAUGGCACGGGGAUUAUAUGGACACGUUUGAAUUUUCGGAUAGAGAGAAGGAAUUGGGAGGGUAUGAUGAGGUGAAUAUUUAUGGGAACUAUAGAGAGGGUGAUGGAUUGCCGGUCGGUGAGCUUUAGCUUGAUGCUAGGUGAGCUGUGAGGUAUGGGAGUUGGAGGUAUGUGAGAAUGGUGAUGGGACUGAGUAUUUACGUGGGAGUUGUUACAUUUGCUUGUACUGAGUAUACAGUGCUAGAAUUAUGGACAUGUACAUGUACACUUGCGGAUGGUAUUGUGAGUAGCAUGCGAGGUCUAUACCGUAUGACAUAUAGCAGGCUUGGAUAAGUAAAGCCAUCUAGAUAUGACGGACUGGGCGUGAAGUAAGGAUACUCGUGCGGAACUAUUGUGUACCAACAACUUUACUUGCCAAUACUUUCUCCACUCAGAGAAAUAUCUUCCGUCCCAUCAAAAGUAAUCCCCGUCGGAAGUAACAAGACAGAGCGGAAAUCUUCCCAUUGGGACCCACCUACAUCCGCUCUCCUCGCUUCCGCCAUGAUCUGGCUCCACAAAACCCCCACCUCUUGACCAGAAAAGGAAAUCUUAAUAUAGUGUCAAAUACUCCUCUCCAUGGCAAGCAAAUAACAAGCCUACUCAGCUUCAAUAGUCCAAUGGUUAGGAUUCCACCCUUCCAAGGUGGAGGUCGGCGUUCGAUUCGCCGUUGUUGCAAUAUCUUUUUGGAUCUUUUGUGAUCUUUUUGAUAAAGAAAUCGUUAUAUUUUUUUCCCGCAGGUAGAUCAUCUGGGUCGUUCCGUCAUGUAGUCCUAGAUGUAGAUCUUUAUAUUUUGGCGAUCAAAGUUUUGAAGAUGUAAUAUACACCUUCAAUAUACACCUUCAAGAAAUGUGUGUUCCAAGCUAGCCCUGCACCUCGUUUCCCACCACGUGCACCAACCCACGAUCCAUUUUUCCUCUUAUAAUAUUUUACAAUCGUUCCAUGUCUAACAAAAUGAGUCCUAUAUAGAUUGAAAUUGAUCCCACUCUCUCAUCCAAUCAGAACAAUCAAUCCAAUUCAAAGCAAGUUGGCGCAGUGGAAGCGCGCCGGGCUCAUAACCCGGAGGUCCCCAGAUCGAAACUGGGACUUGCUAUAAAAGGAUCUCUCAUUUUGCACUUUUCGGCAACGAGGACAUUAUUUUAGGUUUAAGCGGCAAUUUAAGAGGUGAUAGGAGGCAAAUGGAAUUGGGAUUUAUAACUGUGAUAGGCUUUAUUGGUUCCCAUUGUGCAUGAAAAGAUCUGGACAUUAUCUUUCGACUCUGUAUACAAAGUUGUGUUGAGUUGCGAGGU